AUGGGCGACAACCUGCAUCUACCGCGCAUCCUCUGCCUGCACGGUGGGGGUGUCAACGCGCAAGUAUUUCGCCUGCAGUGCCGCGGGCUGUGCCGUGCCCUCGAGGCCUCGUUUAGGUUCGUGUUUGUGGAUGCACCGUACCUGUCGCCCGCCGAUCCUGGCAUCAUGGCCACCUACGCGGAGCUCCAGCCCUUUCGGCGCUGGUUGCGCUGGCAAGUCGAUCAGCCUAACCCAGGGCCCGAAGCCAUUUGUCGCGACAUUGACCACGCGCUGAAAGAUGCCAUGACGAGCGAUAGCGCCUUGGGGGCCACGGGCGACUGGGUGGCUUUGAUGGGCUUCAGCCAGGGCGCCAAAGUCGCCGCAAGUUUAUUGUUGCGCCAGCGGCUGCGCGCCGAAAAGCUUGCAGAUUUUGAAAAUAAUAAUGAUAGUAACACCAACUUCAAAUUCGGGGUGAUUCUCGCCGGCCGCGCACCGCUAGUCGCGCUGCAUCCGGGCUUGACUGACUCGCUCGCGCUGGCGGAUGCCGACGAGCUCACGACAGGCGCGUUUGCGCAAGUAACGGGCUCCGCGUUUCUCCAGGGGUCGGACCACCUCCUGAGCCUACCAACGUUGCACGUCCAUGGCACCAAAGACCCGGGGCUGGCAAACCACCGGCGGCUGCUUGCCGACUUUUGCCAGCCGGGCACGACUCGCGUGGUGGAGUGGAAUGGCGAUCAUCGCGUUGUGAUCCAACCGGCCGACGUGGCUGCAGUGGCCGACCAAAACCAUGCCAUAUCAGCCAUGAGCAUGACGCAAUUGCUCCUGUGCGGUCCUCAGUCGUGCCUUCCCUCUGAACAGAGCGAGUUGCAUCGGCUCCUGCUGCGCCGGACCAGCCUGUGCACCGCGCUUUCCUCCGGGGCGCGUGCCCUGCCUUCCCUGCUGCGCCUGCUCGCCGCCUUUGAUGCUUCUCUGCACCGCGUCUCAGCUUCCUCUGUCGACUUUCUCCUGCAAUGGAUCGAGCAUGGGACGGUAUCACUGCCUGUCGACACCCUGCCCAACGUCGUUGCGCUGCCGUUUGCUGUUCUGCUGCAAGCCGCCCUGUUCUUGCAGCAUCUCGACAAGGAUGAUGCUUCCGACUACAGCCAGACUGUCCAGUCGCUGCAGCAGUACGGCGUGCAGGGAUUCUGCACUGGGUUUCUCACUGCUGCCGCCAUUGGCUUUUCUAAGAACGAGGAACAGCUCGCUGAAUACACCGUGACGAGCUUACGCCUGGCUGUGUGCAUUGGCGCCUAUAUCGACCAAAACGCUCUCUACGCCGAGCCCGCCAAUUCAGCCUGUACCUUGUCUGUGCGAUGGCGGGAAGGAGAAUUCUCCAGAUCCCAAGUCGAGGGCCUGCUGGCCAGUUAUCCACAUGCCUAUAUUGCAUGCAUCACCGACUCCACCUGCGUCACCAUCACCGCCCAGGUCAGUGAUGAGCAGUCACUGACCGAGGCAUUCAGAGAGGCUGGCCUCCGUGCCAAGACCAUCAGUAUCAAUGGCCGCUUCCACUCUGCUGCUGCCCACGCCGAGGCAGCUGAAAAUCUCAAGGCCUUCACCAAUUCCGUCAAGGGUCUUCAAUACCCGGCAGCGGCACAACUCCAGGUCCCGCUUCGAAGGAAUGACACGGGGGACCUUAUUACAGGAGACGUCUCAGUCACGGAUAUUGCAAUCGACAGCAUCCUUCUCCACACAGCCGACUGGUAUACAACUGUGCGGAAAACCUUGGAUGCUUUUCCGGCUGAUCAUCCUACGGUGACCACUCUUGCUUUUGAAAAGGGCGUCUUGCCCCUUAGUCUCUCGCAAAGGAGUGAUACUACUGAUGAUACUAACGGAGUCAACAGAGUGAACGGCGUUAAUGGCGUCAAUGGUAUUAACGGUGUCAACGAUGUCAACAACAUCGACGUCAAUCUGGAAGCAAAAUAUCCCCCACAUUCAGUAGCCCUGGUUGGCAUGGCGUGUCGUUUCCCCGGUGCUGCCGACGUUAACGCCUUCUGGGAUCUUUUAGAGUCGGGCGUGUCAAUGGUUCGCGAGGCUCCCUCGGAUCGAUUCAACCUGAAGAACCAUCGUCUGGCAGGUUAUGGAGACACCAAGUUUUGGGGAAAUUUCAUCGAUGACCCUGAAAGUUUUGAUCACCGCUUUUUCAAGAAGUCUUCUCGUGAGGCAGUCUCGUGGGACCCCGAAAAACGAAUGCUGCUAGAAGUGGUCUAUGAAGCCUUGGAGUCUGCUGGCCAUUUCGGGCCAGCAGGCAAAGGCCACUCAAACGAUUAUGGUUGCUACAUUGGCGCUGUUGGAAAUAACUACUACGACAACGUUGCCUGUCACCCACCUAAUGCAUACUCCAUGCUAGGCACUUCGCGAGCCUUUUUCAGCGGCCGAAUUUCCCACCAAUUUGGAUUCACCGGCCCUGCAAUGACCAUCGACACUGCAUGCUCGUCAUCCCUGGUUGCAAUUAAUACUGCCUGCCGAGCCAUUCAAUCCGGAGAAUGUUCGCGCGCAGUUGCGGGCGGAACCAAUAUCUUUACCAGCCCCUUUGACUACCAGAACCUGGCUGCAGCUGGAUUUUUGAGUCCAUCUGGCGGCUGCAAGCCAUUUGAUGUCUCUGCCGACGGCUACUGCCGUGGAGAAGGUGUUGCAGCUGUUGUACUCAAAUCUCUUUCGACUGCCAUUGAAGAGGGUGACAAUAUUCUAGGUGUCAUUGUUGGAUCUGCAGUCAAUCAAAAUUAUAAUGAUGCCCAUAUCACUGUCCCCUGCUCUUCGUCGCAGACAACCGUUUACAACAAGGUCCUUGGCAUGGCUAAUGCACAUUCAUCUAGCGUGACCUAUGUUGAAGCUCACGGCACUGGAACACAAGUAGGAGACCCAAUUGAAUGCCAGAGUAUCCGCGAUGCCUUUGGAGGUGCCCACCGUAAAGAGAUACUGCAUUUUGGAUCCGUCAAAGGGAACAUUGGGCACACAGAGGCAUCGGCCGGUGUGGCUGGCCUGAUAAAAACUGUUCUCAUGAUGCAACACAACACUAUACUCGGUCAAGCAAGCUAUAGCAACCUCAACCCUAAAAUUCCUGCACUCGAACCCGACAUGAUGGCUAUCCCCAAAAAGUCUCAGCCCUGGAAGACAUCUUCAAAACUUGCCUGCGUCAACAGCUAUGGUGCAGCCGGAAGUAACGCCGUCGUUGCCAUUCGCGAGGCAAUUCCGGCUUCCACGACUAUCAAGCGGCCGACUAUUAGAGCGAAACAACCUCUUUUUAUAUCGGCUUCAUCAGAGGGAAGUUUGAUUUCGUAUGCUAGAAAGCUCCUGGCGUAUGUAGCAGGCCAGCGAGCAUCUUCGGUAAACACUGACCACCUACUUUCCGACGUUCUCUUCAACCUGACAGACAGGACUAACCACACAUUGACGUAUUCGGUGGCGAAAUCCGUCAUUGACUUGAAUGACUUUGAGAAGACUCUCAAGAGUAUUAUCGCGGGAUCUGAAACCAUCCUGAAAGAUGACAGCUCCAGCGCGCGUCCAAUAAUCAUGGCCUUUGGUGGCCAGGAGAAUGAUUUUAUUGGGGUCUUCAAGGAGGCCGUAGACAAUUCACCACUAUUGCAAUCUCACCUGGAUGAAUGUGAUUCUGAGUUACAAUCUCUUGGGUAUGGAAGCAUAUACCCAGCCAUCUAUCAACGUGACAGUAUCCAGGACCUGUCAACUCUCCAUGCAGUUCUCUUUGCAGCGCAGUAUGCAUCUGCCAAGGCUUGGAUUGACAGCGGAAUGCGUAUUGACUCUAUUGUUGGACAUAGCUUUGGCCAGCUAACGGCAUUGUGUAUCUCUGGAUGUCUGUCUCUCAAAGAUACCAUGAGGCUAGUCGUUGGUCGAGCGGAGUUGAUUGUCAGCUCCUGGGGCAAAGAGCGGGGAUCCAUGAUUUCUGUUCAGUCUGAUCGCGCCGUUGUCAAAAGCAUCCUCGAUAUUGUCAACGCCGAAGGUCCCGACAAGCUAGAAAUUGCCUGCUUCAACAACCCAAAAAACCAUGUUGUCGUUGGUACAGCUAACGCUGUCAGCGCCUUGGAAAGCCACAUUUCCAGCGAUGAUAGAUGGCAAAGUGUUCGUACCAAAAAAUUGAGUGUUACGCAUGGCUUCCAUUCCGCCUUGACCGAGCAAAUUCUACCAGGACUUGAGUCACUUGCGAACAGUUUGCAAUGGAACAAGCCGGAAAUUCCCAUCGAGCUGGCAACGGAAGAGCAUAUCGACAGGGAACCGGGCGCGUGGCUGAUUCCACACCACAUGCGAAACCCCGUCUACUUUUCCUCGGCUGUUCAGAGAGUUGCUGAAAAGUUCCAAUCUUGUGUUUGGGUGGAAGCCGGUCAGGGGUCUUCUGUCAUGUCCUUGGUCAAGAGCUGCCUUAGUGGGCAGGGACAACAACUCUACUGUCCAUCCUUUUUGAACGGCCCCAAUGCAGUUUCAUCUGUGGCCGAGACUGUCGUAGAGCUGUGGAAGGCUGGUAUCCAUGUUCAAUUCUGGCCAUAUCACCGAAGUGCACGGGGUAAUUUUGAGUAUAAAAGCCUUCCUCCAUACCAAUUUGAAAAGACCAAGCACUGGCUUCCUUUUAUCGAUAAAGCUACACCUGAGCCCGCCACAGAGAUUGCUCCUGCAGCCCAGGUUACUCCCACACAUGAAUUUAUCUCGUUCUUGCAAUUUUCGGACUCAAGCGAGAAAGAGGCCAUUUUCCUCGUUGACCCCGAGAGUGAGCGCUACAUGUACCUCUUGAACGGCCACAUUGCAUCCAACCAAGCUCUUGCACCCGCCUCGCUGUACGUUGAACUUCUUUCUCGCGCUACAAUGCUCCUGACAAAGGACGCGAGCUACGACACGCACGUUCUAAAUAUGAGCUCCAUGCAAAUGAAGGGUGCACCCAUUGGUCUCGACGCGAAGAAAAAUAUCUACAUCAAACUUACACGUAUUGCGCCAGGCAGCGACAACUGGGACUUUGAAUUUUCUAGCAAGUUAAAACAAGGUGGCGAUGACGCUCAGAUUCAUGUUACUGGAAAAGCAGGACUCAGUAGACGGGAUGACCCUGUCUUGGCUGAGACUAUUCACCAGUGGAGCGCUUUGAUAGGGUAUAAAAGAUGCCUAUCCAUCAUGGCUUGCGAAGAUGGAGAGAAGAUGCAAGGUAGACACAUCUAUCAAGCGCUUCAGAGAUUAAUUUUCUUCGAUGAGAUGUACCACGGGAUCAAGAGUAUCUCGUACCAGGGUCACGAAGCUGCAGGAAAGGUCGCAGCCGAGUUGGAUCCGAAGCUUCCUCCCAGUGAGGCGCUAUAUGACACUCCUACUAUUGACGGCAUGAUGCAAUUCGCUGGUGUUCUUGUUAACUAUUUUGCACACCCCAGUGGGAAAGAUGUUUUGCUCUGUCAGGGUAUUAACCGUGUUGUCACUGGGGGUGCGUUUGAUAUUACUGCUAAAGAGUGGAUUGCUUAUUCGCUCUUGACCGAAGACAACAACGAGCGCACUGUCAGCGAUGUUUACAUCUUUGACAAAAAGUCGCAGCAAGUUGUGAUUGCAUUCAUUGGAUUCGUAUUCACGCGGACAUCAGUAUCUGUGUUGCAGCGAUCACUGCGGAGUGUUAAUUCUGGCGGAGCUGGUGCUAAUCCUACACCAGCACCUCGAGGAGCAGUCCCAACACCAGCCCCAGCACCGGUAGCAGUCAGCAAGACUUCGGCAGAACCGCAAUCCAGCAAAGCAUCCAAAGUGCUGGAAGUAUUGCACAAUGUGACGGAUGUUCCAAUUGAUGAGAUUACCCCAAAUUCGACACUCGAGGACCUUGGCAUCGACUCUCUCUUAGUGACGGAGGUUUUGAAUGAGAUACAGACGGUCUUUGGCCUUGAGAUUGAUCUCAACACAUUCUUAUUUUUCCCCAACGUCAAGGCUGUCUGUGAUCAUAUCGACGCAGCUUUGGGAGUCGACGCGAGCACAGACCCUGGGUCCGCUGCCUUGCCGGAAGCAAAAGUAAACGCCGCUGCUGUUCAAACCAUCCCAGCCAACUCUCCUGAUACGGAGUCAAGGCCAUCUUUACACCGGGCGCAAAAGGUUUUUGCAGAUUCUAGAGAUGCCUAUACAAGGGCUGCUAUCGAUACCAAAGCUGUUGGGUUCUGGGAAAAGUGCUAUCCUAGUCAAGCUUCACUCGUGCUCGCCCACGUCGUCGAGGCAUUUGCUAAAUUAGGCUGUAACAUGGCCGCUCUCAAAGUUGGAGAUACUGCGCCCAUGAUUUCCCACUUGCCUAGGCACAAGCAACUUGUGCGCCAGCUUUACCGUGUGCUUGAAGAUGCUAAGCUUGUGGUCAACGAUGAGGGCCAAUUUAUUCGCACGGCACAGCCAGUCGACCCUACUCCUGCCUCGACCAUCUACGAACAGAUCAUUCCUGAAUUCCCGCUGCAUGCUAGUGUUCAUAAAAUUGUGCAAGCUGUUGGGUUGGAACUGGCAGAGUGUUUGACCGGUGAGAAGGAUGGUCUUCAGAUCGUCUUCGGAAACAAGGAGAACAAGAAGACCCUUGAUGACCUCUAUGAAAACUGGCCCCUUGUGCGAUCCGGUACACUCGCACUAGGUGAAUUCCUCGAGAAUUCCAUGAUAAAUCCGGAUAAACCGGGGGUAUUCCGCAUACUUGAAGUCGGCGCUGGCACAGGUGGCACGACCAAGUAUAUUGUCCGCCACUUGCAAAAGCUGGGCGUACCCUUUGAGUAUGUCUUUACAGACCUGUCUCCGUCAUUAGUCGCAGCCGCCAAGCGAACAUUCAAGGACUGCCCUGAGAUGGAAUUUGCGACAUUGGAUAUUGAAAAAGAACCCCAGGCCUCGUGGGUCGGGUCGUUUCACUUUAUAAUCUCAACGAAUUGCAUCCACGCGACAAGAAAUUUGACCGUAUCGCUCACGUCGCUGCACAAACUACUCCGCGACGACGGCGUUCUCACUCUAGUCGAGAUUACGCAAAAUAUGUUCUGGCUAGACAUUGCCGUGGGACUGUUUGAAGGAUGGUGGCUAUUCGAAGACGGCCGCGAGCAUGCGGUGACGCCAGAGGAGCUGUGGAAAGAACACAUGCUCCGGGCUGGGUUUCAAGCAGUAGAUUGGACGGAUGGAGAGGACCCUGAAGCACGCACUAUUCGUCUUAUUGCGGGAUUUCCAACUAGUUUGAGUGCUUGA